AUGCUGCAUAUAGACAGUUGGGAAGGCGGUCGUAUCUCCUUGCUCAACGAUGAAACCAUCUCAGCUUCUUUAUUGCGCCAGGUUUGCUCAUUAUCAUCAUCAUCAUCAUCACCACCAGGAACCACUUCUCUUUAUCACGGCUCCACAUUGGUCAUGAUUAAACUCGACAGCGCCGCUUCCAGCACAACCCAGUUCAUUUUCUCUGGGAAAUUUCAUUGGCACUUUCAGGAGACUAGUCUAUCUACCCCGACACACACAUACACACGCACACUCAGGCACACAGACCGGAGUGUUGUACACAAUAUGGAUAUGACAAGUCCCAAGCCAAUCAGCUUUGCUCGGUCAGAUCCUUUUCUCGUCGCCCUCCUGCUCACUACUCUCUCCUUCCUUCCGU